GAGUCUGUGAACAGGCUGGGUACCCACUGGAAGAUCAGGGUGGCUGUGAGCUGAUGGAGACAUUUAAUGAAAAAGAAGCAGGUAGACGGCCUGAAGAGCCCGUACUUGGAAGGACUGGUCAAGUGGGCAAAGAUUCAGUUCUUUCAGAGCAGGAGAAAAAUAACGAACAUUGCCUUCAGGAUACUGAUGAUAAGUUAUCUGAAUCGACAGAUGAUGAUCAUGAAGAUGAUACCAAUGAUGAUGAUAAUGAUGAAGAUAGUAACCCUAAUAAGGAUACUCAGGCCCCACUAGAGCUAAUGGCAGAAUUCCUGAGAGCAGAAAUGGGCCAAGACUACCAUUUGGCAAAAAAAUUGUGUCAGAUGAUUCUAAUCUAUGAACCAGAAAAUCCUGAGGCCAAGGAGUUUUUCUCACUUAUUGAAGAAAUGUUGCGGAUGGAAAAAUCUCAAAAUCUUGAGGAAGGUGAUGAAGAUAGUGAAGAAGACAGUAGCGGUAAGAGCGAAGGAGAGAGCAGUGAGGAGCUAAGUGAAGACAGCCCUGAUGAAUGUGAAGACGGGUGAUGAAGGUUACUGCUAUGGCUUAAUCUACAUGUAUUUUCAUUACUGUACACAUGGAAAUAUAAAGGAGAAAGCUGCGUUUUA